AUGUCAGUCUCACGUGCACCUCCUGUAGAAGAAGAAGACCAGCAAAUCAUCGAAGAGCAGGAAGGCAUCGAAAUGGCACAAACCAAUGGUCAAGAAAGACGUGAAGCGUCGCAGCCAAACUCUUCAAAGUACAUCCAAAGUCUACGCGCCAAACACAAAGGCUUAUUCCGCAAGCUGGCAAACAUAAACACCGAACAGAAAGACGACAGCAUAUCUCAAGUCCAACGAGGUAUGCUGGAAGAACUGAAAGCGGUGCAGAGCCAUGUCAUGGAUUUAAUCCUCGAAGAAUUGCCAGAUGACGUAGACGAAGAUUUGGCAAAAGACGAAGCAUUCCACUCACUAUAUGCUUCUAAGGCAGCAAGGUUGGUCGUAAUCGACAAAAAGCCAUCGUCAGCUACAACACCUCCUGAAGUUGCAUCAUCAUCGGUCUCCAUUCAGCAUCAUCUCAACAUCCCAAUGCCGACUUUUGAUGGUCUAUACGAACACUGGCCAACGUUCAAGGCCAUGUUCUUAGACAUCAUGAAGCGGACUAAUGACUCGGAUGCAGUAAAACUUCACCAUCUCAACAAAGCGCUGCAAGGGAAAGCAGCUGGCAUCCUGAACACGUCCAUUCUGAAUGGCAACAACUUCCAGGCGGCUUGGGACGUCUUGGAGAGGCGUUUUGAGAAUCCUCGGCUGAUUGUCGACAAGCACAUCGCAGGAUUGCUUCAGCUGAAGCAUGCACCCCGAGAAUCUGCAAAGGACCUGCGGAAGCUAGCGGAGACGUGCAAGAGUCAUAUGGAUGGCUUAGUGUUUAUGAAGCAGACUAUCGACAGUACCAGCAACCUCAUCAUCACACAUCUUCUCAGCUCAUGUAUGGACGCUGACACAAGGAAAGCAUGGGAGAGUUCGUUGGAACAUGGAGAGUUUCCGGAUCUCUUCAAAACUCUCGAUUUCAUCAAUCGUCAAUGUGAGGUGCUCGAAAGCUGCACGCCAGAGACGUCACGGAAAUCAACAAGCACCAAAGCUUUCACCUCCACCACAGCUGCCAAUCCAUCGUGUGUUCUGUGCCAGCAGCAUCAUACUCUUCAGAACUGUCCAACCUUCAUCGCGAUGUCCGUAGUGCAGAGGAAAAGUAAAGUACAGUCAUUGAAACGCUGUUUCAAUUGCCUCAGCGCUGGACACCCGGUUUCGCAGUGCCGAUCGAAAUGGACGUGCCGUAUCUGCAAGAAACGUCAUCAUCAUCUACUUCAUGGGGAGCAGCUUCCAGCAGCACCAUCUCUUCAGCCUCCAGACGCCGCUGCAACAUCUCAUCAGCUUCCAGUCGAUGCAGCUCAACCAACAUUCAUCGGGGCAUCGAUGACUUCAUUGACGACAGCAGUGCCAUCCACAGUGCUAUUGUCAACAGUAGUGCUCAACAUCACCGAUCGUGCCGGAGUUAGCCAUCCAGCAAGAGCUCUCUUGGAUAGCGGAGCUCAAUCCAACUUCAUCACCGGCAGAUUGGCACAGUUCCUGGAAUUGCCGCGGAAGCUAAUCAAUCUUCCGCUAUCAGGUAUUGGUGGCAGUACAAGAUCGAAUGUGCGACAUUCCAUCGAAACCACCAUCCAUUCUCGAUGCUCGAGCUAUACUGCAUCAUUGGAGUUGCUUGUGCUACCGAAGCUGUCAGCAGACAUACCAACUCAACCGAUUGAUGUCAGCCAUUGGAAGAUACCUGAAACCUGCAUCUUGGCUGAUCCAUCCUUCAAUCGGCCAGGAACCAUUGACAUCAUCUUGGGAGCAACACACUUCUUCGAGAUCCUGAGGACCGGACGACUCUCCCUGGGUGACAACAUGCCAACCAUUCAGGAAACUGAAUUUGGUUGGGUAGUCAGUGGCAGUGCUACCAUCACCGAACCCAUGUCUCCAGUAAUGUGUGCGGUGGCAACACACACGAACGAGUUGGACAACCUGAUGAAGCAGUUUUUCGCCAUCGAAGACCUGAGCAACACACCGAGCUGGAGCAUCGAAGAACGAGCCUGUGAGGAUCACUACACUGCAACCACCACACGAGAAGAGGAUGGCAGGUACAUGGUUCAGCUUCCACGCAAGCCAGAAAUGAUUGGCAAGCUGGGCGAUUCAAAGACUAUCGCACUUCGACGGUUCCUAGCGAUAGAACGUCGACUUCAACGAGAACCCGACACCCAACGUGCCUAUGUGGACUUCAUGGAAGACACCACGACGAAGUGUCGAGUGGUGUUUGACGCAUCGAGCAAAUCUUCAACGGGUGUGUCUUUGAACGACACACUAAUGGUCGAACCGACAAUUCAACAAGAUGCCACUUCUAUUUUGCUGCGGUUCCGAACUCAACCAGUCGCCCUUACCGCUGACGUCACCAAAAUGUACCGGCAGGUUUGGAUUCAUCCAAAGGACCGAUCACUGCAACGCAUCAUUUGGCGAAGUUCACCCAACGAUCCGAUUCAGGAGUACGAACUCAACACGGUAACAUAUGGGACAGCAUCCGCUCCAUUCCUGGCAGUGCGUUCGUUGCAACAAAUCGUAGCGGACCAUGGAGGAGAGUUUCCAGUCGCCGCAGAACGUUCCUGUGACUUCUACGUAGAUGAAUUCGUUUCCGGCGGGCAAUCAUCUGAAGCGGCGCAGAUGCUGCAGCUGCAAACUGAGCAACUCUACGCUAGUGCAGGAUUCGAGCUGCGGAAGUGGGCGUCCAGUGACCCAUCAGUACUUCAGAACGUGAACCAGGAGAAAUUAGCAUCCAGCCUUUAUGCUACCAGUGGAUCGAAGGGACUUCUCGCCACCCUCGGUUUGAUUUGGGACCCAGCAUCUGACACGUUGCAGUUUAAAAUCAACACCCCAUACGUGAUUGGGGCAAUCACCAAGAGAAAGGUGCUAUCGUGCAUCGCCAGGAUCUAUGAUCCUUUGGGCAUCGUCGAUCCCGUAAAAGCCAUGGCCAAGCAGUUCCUCCAACGCAUCUGGACCCUACAAACGGAGCAGCAACAGCCCUGGGGAUGGGAUGACGAGUUGCCACAUCAUCUACAAGGAGAAUGGAUCAACUUCCACAACCAGUUGAUACAUUUACAAAAUCUACACAUUCCUCGUGUAGCCAUCAGGCCCGAUUCGACAUCAAGCCAGUUCCAUUUUUUCUGCGAUGCAUCGGAAAAGGGAUAUGGCGCAUGCUGCUACAUCAGAAGCCGAGAUGACAAAGGGAACAUCACGAUGCAACUGUACGCGUCGAAAACUAAGGUGACACCGAUAAAUAGCAAACACUCCAUUGCUCGAAUGGAAUUGUGCGCUGCACAAUUGGCCAGCUUGCUCUAUGAUCGGGUCAGAUUAGCGGUCAAGCUCUCGUCUCCUGCAACUUUCUGGACGGAUUCCAUGACCGUAGUUCAUUGGUUACGAGCAUCGCCAAAUUGCUGGAAACCAUUCGUCGCCAAUCGCGUCUCCCAAGUGCAACACUUGACCCAAGGAAGUGUUUGGCGGCACAUCCCCGGAGUCGACAAUCCAGCGGACUUAGCAUCGCGUGGUUGCUUGAGCAAGGACCUUCUAGACAAUCCGCUAUGGUGGCAGGGUCCUUCCUGGAUUUGUCUACCCGAGGACCAGUGGCCUGAAUCACCAUUACCAUCAUCAUGUGAAGCAGCAGCAGCAGAGCAGCGAGUCACCACAGUAGCUUGUCCAGUUACAGAAAAACCACCACAUCGCAUCUUUACGCUAUACUCAUCAUUCUCCAGGCUUCGAAGGAUUGUGGCAUAUUGGGUGCAAUACUUCAACAGGCGCUUCAAGCGUCGACAGUACGCGGGUAUUGGACUUACAACCCAAGACCUACGGGAGGCUGAGGAAGUAUUGUGUCGGCUGGCACAGCAGGACCAAUUUGAGCAUGAAAUAAAGGCUCUUCAACAUAACAAGCCGAUACCUUCAUCAUCAAAGCUGAAAUGGCUGCAUCCGCAGCUAGGAGCAAACGGCAUCAUUCGCGUUGGAGGACGUCUAUCCAAUGCACCUCUACUAGAAGACACCAAGCAUCCGAUUUUGGUUCCCAACAACCAUCCACUGGCGGAGUUAUUAAUGGACCACUUUCACAAAACUCGACUCCAUGCGGGGCCACAACUGAUGCUGAGCAACAGUCGCCAACGAUAUUGGAUCAUUGGUGGCAGGAACAUAGCCCGACGUGUAUAUCAUCACUGCAUCACCUGUUUCCGAGCGAAACCUUCAUCUUCAGAGACGCUAAUGGCAGAUCUACCAUCAAGCAGAGUGACACCUCGUCGACCCUUUUCAAUCACUGGGAUUGAUUAUUGUGGUCCAGUAUUCGUCAAGGGACCACAUCGAAGGGCCGCUGCUACAAAGGCUUAUGUAGCAAUAUUCGUUUGCUUCAUAACACGAGCUAUUCACAUUGAGCUCGUGUCGGAUCUCACCACAGAGGCGUUUUUAUCAGCAUUACGCCGUUUCGUCGCUCGUCGCGGACUUCCCGAGGAGUUGCAUUCGGACAAUGCAACGAACUUCAAAGGAGCCAACAAUCAGCUGAAUGAGCUGUACAGACUUCUGCGAACACCUGAACACCAACAAGGCAUGCAGAGUUGGACGCUGGAAAGGCAGAUCAUCUGGAAAUUUAUACCACCACGCGCGCCUCAUUUUGGCGGGAUUUGGGAGGCAGCUGUGCGCUCGAUGAAGCACCACCUGGUUCGAGUUCUGGGAAACACCACUCUAUCUUUUGAAGAUAUGACGACGUUAUUGGCUGAGAUCGAGUGUUGCUUGAAUUCUCGUCCUCUCACCCCGAUGACGGAGGAUCCAUCCGACGCAACAGCCCUUACCCCAGGCCAUUUUUUGGUUGGGUCACAUCUGCAGCAGGUUCCAGACGCCGAAACGACGACCGUUCCUGAAAACAGACUUACUCACUGGCGCCUCAUACAACAGCUAAAACGCCAUUUUUGGACAAGAUGGUCCAGGGAAUACCUUCAACAGCUUCAGCCGCGUUCGAAAUGGAUAAGCGAAGGACAAGAGAUUAAACCAGUUUUGAAUGAAAAUGAGGACGAGGACAGCGACAGCGAAUACUUCACGGACGCGAACAAUGAAACUUCCGAAGAUAUCGAUGGAACUAGUAACGAAUGUGACGAAACAGUGAUCGAUGAUGAUGUAGCUGUGAACAGCGAAACUCUCGUUAUACCAUCUCAAUCGCAAAUCCUAAGGCGAAGCAGUCGGACGCGUAAAGUCCCAGGGAACAAUGUUACCAGUUCAAAGAUCAUGAGCAGCAAUUCAACCGAGGAUCCAAUCACACACCAGGAUGCAAUGUCGCGUAUAAAAGCAGAGCGAAGGAAAAUGUGA